AUGGUGCGUCAGCUGCACGACGGUAUGAUGGCGCGAGUCACGGACAACGGAGCUGUCUCAGAGGCAUUCACAGUGACCAACGGAGUAAGGCUGGGCUGCGUGCUGACGCCUACUCUCUUCAGCCUUAUGUUCUCUGCCAUGCUGAUGGACUCCUACCGCGACGAACGCCCCGGGAUUCGGGUCGCCUACAGGACGGACGGUCACCUGCUGAAUCAACGGCGGAUGCACUUCCAAUCGCGCGUAUCCACAACCACCGUUCACGAACUCCUCUUCGCCGACGACUAUGACCUGAACACCACCUCGGAAGAGGAGAUGCAACGCAGCAUGGACCUGUUCUCCGCCGCCUGCGAGAACUUCGAUCUGGUCAUUAACACGCAGAAGACGGUGGUGAUGCACCAACCGCCACCCAACUCAGCCACAGCCCCCAACGCGCCGCCGCAAAUCAGCGUGAACGGAACCAAACUGCAAGUGGUGGAGAACUUCCCGUACCUGGGCAGUACUCUCUCCCGCAACACCAAGAUCGAUGAGGAAGUCGCCAACAGGAUCUCGAAAGCCAGUCAAGCCUUCGGUCGCCUCCAAAGCACAGUGUGGAAUCGCCACGGUCUUCAGCUGAGCACGAAGCUAAAGAUUUACAAGGCCGUCAUCCUGCCGACACUACUGUAUGAAGCGGAGACUUGGACGGUGUACACAAAGCAGGCACGCCGACUGAACCACUACCACCUCAGUUGCCUUUGUCGCAUCCUGCGGCUGAACUGGCAGGAUCGAAUCCCCGACACGGAAGUACAGGAACGAACGGGAAUCCUCAGCAUCUUCGCCAUACUGAGACAAAUGCUGCUGCGCUGGAGCGGCCACCUGGUGCGCAUGGACGACGAGCGACUACUCAAACGACUCUUCUACGGAGGCGUUGCGACGGCUUCUCCCCGUCAAGGAGGCCAAAUUCGCUGUUAA